AUGAAUGGGAAAAGGAUUCACGACUACAUUUUGAAGGAAGAUGGAGUUUUUAUCGAAGAUGCAACACAGCUGGUGCUUCCAGUCAUUACCGACCUGGAACAAAGCGUUCGGGCUGACGUCAAAUUAUUGAAAACAUCGAGAAUCAUUCGUCGUGAGCUGAGGGACCAUGCGAGCGGCUAUCUCUACGACGUCAAGUCUGGACUUGUCCGGCGUGCCUAA